AUGAGUAGUUUACAGUCGGCGUUGCCAGCAGACUAUCCAAUCACUGGACUAUGUAUAGUGGCCGAUAAGUCACGUUGUCCUCCAGGUUACCAAGUGCUUGAUAGGACGGUUGAAGGUCAAGAUGCUGACAUAUGGAGAGAUGGCUUUUUUGGUAAAAAAACUCUCAGAUAUUGUUGUAUAACAAGAAUCUUUCCUUUAGACCAAGGAAGAGUAAAUAAUGUGUUAGCAGACAUGGCAAUACUUAGUAAAGAAAAUCCACCUCCAGUUGGAUGGUCUACUUUAGCAACAACAUUGGACUCUAAGGAACCUGUUUUAAAGAAACAUCAACUGGCAGUUCGAAUGUUACCACGAUCAUAUACGCAAGCUGCUGUGUGUGAUCUCUUGCUAUUGGCUAAAGCUAAACGUGCCCCUGCAGGCUACACUCUGAUUGGUGAGCUAAAUGGUAUGUUGAUAUGUCUGAAAAUAGGACCCAUUCCACAACAACAACAACAGCAGCAACAAUCCUCACCACCAUCAUUGAUCAGUAUGCCACCUUCUUAUAUGUCAACACCACCAUCCUAUUCAAUGGGACCAAUUCAACAAAACCAAUCAUCUCCCAGUCACCUGCCUUACUCAAGGCCAGCAAUACCAGCAAGACCAGCACCAGUUGCUCCACCACAGACUUCCCCAACAAGAACUGGGGUUCAAGUACAGCGGUCUCAAGAGCUUCCAAGGCAGCAAGCAAAUCCAUCAUUUGGAAUUGAAGGCGUCCCUUUUCAAUUGAACAAGAAAUUUGACACAGUACAUGCUCUCUCAAAUGUGAAUGUUCCUGAGAUAUCUUACAAAUCAGAAGUUGAAAUAAACAACCAUUUCCAAUAUGAAUUUAAUAUUGAGAGAUCAGCUGUGCAGAGAAUCAGCCCAUAGUCCUAGACUGCACUGACUCAAUGAAGAAACUUAGACUGCCAAACUGCUCUUAAUAGACCAUUUUCUGAUGACUGCAAGAUCCUG